GACUAGCCCGUGUGCUAAUUCAACAUUCGAAACGUCGGUCCAAUACAUAACCAGAAUGUCCUUCCCCCCUCAUUUAAACCGGCCGCUGUUGCCACCUCCUGGGAUGCCCCCGCAGUAUGCUGGCUUCCCCUCAGGAACUCCGAUGAUUCCAGUUCACAUGGGCAUCAUGACCCCUGCCGCUACCGUAAUGGUGCCUUCUGUGUCAGUAGUCAGUAAACCUCCAGUCCCAAAGCGGGACAUUGCUGCUUUGCGAGCCAAAGACAACGAUGAGAACAGUGGGCCCACAACUACAGUGUUUGUGGGCAAUAUAUCAGAGAAAGCUUCAGACAUGCUGAUCAGACAGCUGCUGGCGAAAUGUGGAAUUGUUCUGAGCUGGAAGAGAGUUCAAGGAGCCUCUGGCAAGCUUCAAGCAUUUGGUUUCUGUGAAUACAAGGAGCCAGAGUCCACAUUGCGAGCCUUGCGGCUGCUCCAUGACCUGCAAAUUGGUGACAAAAACUUGCUGGUAAAAGUGGAUGCCAAGACCAAAGCUCAGCUGGACGAGUGGAAGGCCAAAAAGAAGUCCACAAAUGGGAAUAAGAAUGCUCAAGAUGGUGGAGACGAUGAGGAAGAGGUUCUAGAUGAUGAGACAAAGAAGAAAGAUCAGAUAAUCAAAGGUGCCAUCGAUGGAUUGAUGCGGGAAUAUGCUGCAGAACUUAAUGCACCGUCACAGGAUGACGAGUCCCAGCGACGAAAGAGAAAAAAGGAGAAAAAAGAAGAGGAUGACAUUAACACUAUUGACAUGGAGGAGGACAAGAGAGACCUGAUUUCCAGAGAGAUUAGUAAAUUUCGUGACACUCACAAGAAACUAGAGGAAGAGAAGGACAAACGGGAGAAGGAGCGGUUGGAGUUUGAGCGUGAAAGGAGAGAGCGAGAAAAAGAGCGAGAGCGGGAACGAGAGCGGCGGGACCGUGAGAGGGAGAAGGAACGAGAGAAGGAACGGGAGAGGGAAAGAGAGCGAGAACGAGAGAGAGAUCGAGACAAAGACCGUGACCGCAGGACCAGAGAACGAGAACGAGACAGAGACUGGGAGAGAGACAGAAGCCGUGACAGGAGCCCUGACCGCAGCCGAUCCAGGUGAAGUGCCAAAAAACGGGAUGCUGGAAGUUUUCCCACUUUGAAUUGCAGGCAUUUUGUUUUGCCCCAAAACAAACGGAAGCACAAUGAAGCAUAAUUUUGUGUUUAUAGGGAGGUAAGCCGAGACAGAGAAAAGAAGCGAGACCAAGAGGAUGAAGAGGAGGCCUAUGAACGCAGGAAGCUGGAGAGGAAACUUCGAGACAAGGAGGCAGCUUAUCAGGAGCGUCUAAAAAACUGGGAACUCAGGGAAAGGAAAAAGGCACGGGAUUAUGCCAAGGAGGCAGAGAGAGAAGACGAGCGCCGACGAGAAAUGGUAAAAGAAGGCAAACGGCUGAAAGAGUUUCUUGAAGACUAUGAUGAUGACAGAGAUGACCCCAAGUAUUACAGGGGCAGUGCACUGCAGAAACGUCUCAGAGACCGAGAGAAGGAGAUGGAGGCGGAUGAGCGUGACAGGAAGAGAGAGAAGGAGGAGCUGGAGGAGAUCAGACAGAGGCUGUUAGACGAGGGACAUCCAGACCCAGACGCAGAGCUACGCAGGAUGGAGGAGGAAGAGGAGGAGCGUCUAAGACAGCAUCCCAUCAUCCAAGAUCCGGAACCUGAGGAAGAACGGGAACGCCACAGGGGUUCACGAGAACACAGAGAGCGUCGACAGGACCAGGACAGAACAGAAUCACACUCACACUCACGGCCCAACCACUCGGAUGAUGAGGUGGAGGAGGGUGAGGAGGAUGAUUAUGACAAUGAUGGGGAUAACUCUGACGCAAAACCAUGCUUAAAGCCCACAAUGCGGCCCAUCACAGCAGCACCUUCAGUGUCGUCAGCCAGUGGCAAUGUGUCCCCCAACACACCUGGAGACGAAUCACCCUGCGGCAUUAUCAUCCCCCAUGAGAACUCACCCCCUGAGGCUCUGCCACAGGAGGAACACAGGCCAAAGAUCGGCCUCAGCCUGAAACUUGGAGCAACCGGAAGCCCCAGUCAACCCAACGCAGGUAAGAGGAAGAAGCUUCCUGUGGACAGUGUGUUCGACAAGUUUGAUGACGAGGAGACAGACGAACAACCACGCAAGAGGAAGCUAGUGCCGCUGGAUUAUGACGAUGACAAGAGCCUUGGGGUGGAUGGUGCAGGACUCUCCAGCAUAAAGGGAGCAAAUGCUGAGGAGAAACGCAAACACAUCAAGAGCCUGAUCGAAAAGAUUCCCACAGCAAAGCCUGAGCUGUUCUCCUACCCACUGGACUGGUCUAUGGUUGACACGACCCUAAUGGAACGGCGUGUUCGGCCAUGGAUUAAUAAAAAGAUUAUUGAGUACAUCGGUGAGGAGGAGCCGACGUUAGUGGACUUUGUCUGCUCCAAGGUGAUGGCUCACAGCAUGCCACAGAGUAUCUUGGAUGAUGUUGCCAUGGUUCUUGAUGAAGAAGCCGAGGUAUUCAUUGUGAAGAUGUGGCGGUUGCUCAUUUAUGAAACUGAAGCGAAGAAGAUUGGACUGGUGAAAUAAGCAAAACAACCAGAGUGAAGAUGACUUUCCCAUCUAUACAUCCUGUUUAAUAGUAUAGUGAAGUUGUGUCACCCCAAACAUAGUGACUUGUCCAGAUCAGUAUAGACUGUAAAAGCAGAUUUUACUCAUUUUUACAUUUGCACCAGUUGUUCAGGUCACAUCUCCCCCUCCAUACUCGGGCUACAUCUGCCUCCCCCCUCUGUUUGCAGGUACUGACUGUGACAAUGUACUUUUGUGUAUAUACAGUACUUCACUGUUGGGCUCUGAUGAAAGGCCGCUACUGACAGACACACAGGACCAUUGUUAAUUUGCGGAUAGGGUCCUACACUUUAUAUACUGGGUUGGAUGCCAAAACACACUUUGUGAUAGGAGUAAGAAGCCGCAGGCAGUUUUCUGUUAUGAACUUUACUUUGAAGUCGUCAAGGUCUGACAUCUGGCUUAGUUGAAUCUGGGUUUAUUAAGUGGACACAGACAUUAUGCAUAACCACUACAAGGAUGUAACUUUGUUUUUAACAGGGGUAUUUAUUAUGGGUUUUGGACACAACUCCAGUUUAUUUCUGUUAAAUAAACACAUCUUCACCUUUUAUUUUGCUCAUCACAUUCCUGAUAUACCGGUUGGCAAGUUCAUAUUGUCAGACCAUCUCAGAGAACAUGUACUUGUCAUUGAACUGUGUCUGCUGACAUCCUCGAGGCUGUAAAAGCACACACAUCAUAACCACUGUAGGAGAAUGAGCUAAGAACGGGAAAAAUGAUUUGCAGUUGUGAAGACGCUCUCCAUUUGUUUUUGUAUUGGUGAAAAUUGAAUAAAAUUGAUUUUUGUAAA